AUGUCGUCGUCAACGUGGAAUCCAGCUAGCUUAUCAUCAUUCAUAUUUGACCGUAAUCGAUAUCGACGUAGUGCAAGUGAGCAAACACAUACAGUAACAACGCAUGAAUAUCAUAGUUAUCGACGAAGAGAAUCACCGUGUCCAUAUCAAAGUCAUUGUGAAUAUUGUCCUUGCAUAAAUUGUCGUCUUUAUCGUCAACCAUCCUAUCGACAUCAUAUGAGUCGACGUCAAACAUCAAGUUUUACACCAGAGGGGCGUAAAGAAUUUUAUUCUAGCGCUCAUUCUAUACGAGAUGAAAUGAGGAAAGGUAGUCCAACGGGUAUUGGGAUAGCGCUAAAUUCAUUUCGUCAAUUUUCACCACAAACUGAAUAUCAACAGAGGCAGCAGCAGCGACGUCGACAGCAACAACAACAACAACAACAACAGCACCAACAAGCUUAUCAGCCUCAUCAUUUUCAUGAUUAUAAUGAAUAUGAACGUCAACGACAAGAACGUUUGUUACAGAUCAAUCGGCGCAGCACACGAGAAGUUCAACCAGGUGAUCAAGCUGUACCAAGUGCUACUAGUACUAGUCGAUAUGACGAGGCUGUCAUCAAGCGAAGAUAUGUCUUCGCUGACGUCCUCGAGAGCGAACGAUCAUAUGUUGCUGAUCUUCAACGUAUUAUUGAAAUUUAUCUAUAUGAAUUAACUCGUCAAGAAUGCCCGUGGUUCGUCAAAGAAAAAAAAGAUCUUUUAUUUAGCAACAUCGAAGACAUAUUCGCAUUCCAUAAAGUACUAUUCUUGAAUGACUUAACUAAUGCUAUUGAACAUGAGCCAAAGGAAUUGGCUUCUGUAUUUUUACGUCGACGAGAUCAAUUUUUAAAUCUUUAUUCUCAGUAUAUGUAUGAUCGUUCACGAUCUGAACAUGUACUACAAACAAAUCCAAAUAUUCAACGUUAUUUUGAUGAAUUAACACAACGAUUAGGUUUAUCAAGUGAUUUAACACUUAAUAAUUUACUUAAUCGACCUAUACAACGACUUGAAAAAUAUAAAAAUAUUUUACAAGAAAUGGUUAAAUAUACAAAUCGUAUGCGUGAAGAUAGUACAAUAUUUCAACAAGCUUAUACAAUGAUAAGCAAUGUUAUAAAUGAUGCACGACAACGUGAUGCAACUGAACUUAUUGAUAAUAUACCAUUUACUAAUGAACAAUUAGGAGAUCUAAAACGUCAUGAUGUGGUUUUAAUUAAAACAGCCGAUCAUGAUCUUGAUUCAGUCAAUGAAAUUGGUACACGUUUACGUGAAAGAUUUUUAUAUUUGUAUCGUCAUAAAAUUGUUUUAUGUCGACGUAAACGUGCGGAUAGUCGAUUGGAAUCAAGAUCAUUAGCAUUCAAACAAGCAUAUAAUACAAAUGAAAUAACUUUUAUUCAAGAAAACUUUCCUGAUGAUGAUAAAAAAUUUGAAAUAACAUUUAAUGAUAAUGAACGUGUUACAUUUCAUGCUCGAAAUGCUUUUUCAAAAAUGUCUUUAGUUAGAGCAUUAAGAGAUAAUCUUAAGUCUCUUGGUUUUGUCGAAGAAAUUGAAAUGGUUGAGACAACUGAAACUGAAGAUGACACACGACAAAAACGUUCGACAGUAAAAAAACGUACAAUGGACGUUUUAGAAUCAACAAUAUUAGAACAACAAAAACGUGGUCGUUCAUCAGGACAGACAACAUCUGGUACAUCAGAUUUUUAUUCUGUUGGAAGUGAAACUGAAUCAAGUUAUCAAACAGCUGGAGAAACGGAAGAUUUUAAACCAAAAUUUCUGAAAAAAUUAAAUGAUACAUUAGCAACAGAGGGUGAUUUUGUCACAUUAGAAUGUAUUGUUGUUAGUACAACACCAGUACAUGCUACAUGGUUCAAAAAUAAUAUUCCUUUACAAGAUAAUGCUGAUUGUAGAUUAAUACAAGAAGAUAAACGUUUUCAAAUACACAUUAAAGAAGCUUUUGUUGAAGAUGGAGGUGUUUAUUCAAUAAAAAUUUCUAAUCAUGCCGGAACAGUUAUUUGUAGCUGUAAAUUAUUUGUACGAGAAGAAACAAGUGAUGAACGAACAAUACGCGAUGAUUUAGUUAUUCGUGAAGGUUCAUCACCUGAAGCAAAAAAAGAUACAACUGAUAAUGAAGAAGAAUUACGUAUAACAGAAAUGACAUAUGAUCAAACUGGUGCAUAUAAACUAACACCACAUAUUGGUCGAGCACCAAUUUUUCUUCAAUCACUUAUGCCAAUUAUUUCUAAAGCUGGAGAUAUUGUUACAUUGAAAUGUACUGUUACAGCAACACCCAUGCCAUCUGCUAUUUGGUAUAAAAAUAGUCAAGAAAUUCAGCCAGGUGGUCGUUAUUCAGUAUUUCAGGAUCAAAAUGGAACUUAUUCAUUAGUUAUUUCGGAUGCUUUACCACAAGAUUCAGGUUCAUAUGAAAUUACAGUACGAAAUCAAUAUGGUACAGCAAAUUCAAAAACAAAUUUACAAAUUCUUGAACGUGAAAGUGUUUUUAUUCCAAUACCAGCAACUCGAGUAUCAACAGAAGAACAUGGAACAGCUAAAUUAUCAUGUGCAGUUAAACGACCAGAUGUUUAUGUUGAUUGGUAUAAAGGUGAACAAGCAUUAUUUAGUGAAAAACAAGAAGAAAAUCAUAAAUAUAAACGUGUUGAUGAUGGUUUACAAAGAGAAUUAAUUGUUAAAAAUGUCUCAACAGAUGAUCAAGGAGAUUAUGUUUGUCAAGCAGAUAAAUAUCGUGUUACACUUCAUCUUAAUGUUCAAGGACCUGCUGCUGAAUUUGUACGUCCACUUGAAAAUAUUGAAGUAACAGAAAAUAAUGAAGCCGUUUUUGAAUGUCAAUUAUCAAAAGAAGAUGCUCAAGUUGAAUGGUGGUUUCGUGGAAUACCGAUUGUUACAUCACAACAUCAUUUAAUUGCAUCACGUGGUUAUAUUCGUCAAUUGAUUAUACCAAAAGUUGCUAUGAAUGAUGAAGGUGAAUAUUCAAUACGUGUUGAUAAUAAAAAUACGUCAACUGCUCAAUUAUUUGUCAAAGAACAACCAAUUAUAUUUCGUCGUCCAUUACGUUCACAAAUUAUUGAAGAAAGUUCAUUAACAGUAUCUAAUAAUGCUGUUUUUGAAUGUGAACUUAAUAAACCAUUAAAACAAAUGUUAUGGUUUAAAUCAAAUGUUCAACAUUUAGCUCCAUCAGAUAAAUAUCAAAUAGAAUCAUUUGCAAAUGGUCUUAUUCAUCGAUUAACUAUUCGUAAUGUUAAUUUACGUGAUGAUGGAGAAUAUACAGCAUCAACUGGAUUAAAUACAUCACAAGCUCGACUUACUAUUGAAUCAUUAUUACCAGUUUUUAUUGUACCAUUAAUGGAUGCACGUGCUAAUACACGUGAAACAGUUAAAUUAUCAUGUGAAACAAGUAAUUCUUGUCAAGUUAUAUGGACACAUCGUGGCAAGAAAAUUAUUGAAAAUAGUUAUAAAUAUACAAUAGGAAACUUUAAUAAUUCAACGUUACAUACUCUUGAUAUUGAUGAUUUGGAUUUACGUGAUCAAGGUGAAGUUUUAUGUUCGAUAGCACAACAUCCAUCUGUUGCAACAACUUGUAAACUACUUGUUGAAGAUGCUCAACAACAAUCGGCAUUUUUUACACCAUUAAAACCAUUUAUGGAAGUUGGUCGUGGCCAAGAUGCAAUACUUGAAUGUGAAACAUAUGAAUCAACAUAUUUUCAAUGGUUUAAAGAUGGUACAACAUUGACGCAAACAAGUAAUAAAUAUCGAACAUUUGGUGAUGAAAAACAUUCAACAUUAAUUGUCAAACAAUUUACUGAAUAUGAUGAAGGUGUUUAUACAUGUGUAACACGAGAAGGUAAAUCAACAUCGACAACAAUUCGAACAGUUAUUCAUCGUGAACGAACACCACGUAGUGAAGAACGUUUUGGUUCAUAUAUGAAAAUUGAUUCACCACGUGCAAGUCAAACACCUGAGUUAGGUGGUUAUCGUUCAAGUGUGAGUCCAACAGCUCCUCGUUAUAUACCAUCAUUAGGCGAUGAUGAUCGACGUAGAUCACCACGUUUUGAAGAAACACGACGAACAAAAAAGAUUACAAUACAUGAAACAAGUGAACAACGUGUAUCUUCAGGACCUAGACCAGGUACAACAAAAUCUCGUCCAAGUGCGAGUCCAAGUCCACAACGUGAAUAUAUUCGUAGUGGUUAUUCAUCAGGAACAAGUCCUGAACGAGAACGUAUAUCAAUGCCACGUCAUUUUUCUCCAUCGACAACAUAUAAAUCAUCAAGUCAAUUACAAGAAUUUAGUCAUUAUAUUGAUCGUAGUUCACAAUCUCCAUCACCAUCACCAACACGUAAAACAAGUAUUACACUUACAAAUGUUACUCCAUCAGCAAAAAUGCCACCUGUCUAUGAAGAACAAGAUGAACAUCAACGACAUCGUACAUCUGUUACAUUUUCACCAAGUCGAUCACCAGCUCGACAACCAUCAACACGUACAUCAGCUGAACGAAAAGUUGUUGAAAUGCAGAUACCAAUGAGUCCAACUAUGCCACGUCAUGAAUUAAAACAUGCACCAUAUCGUGAAGAAUCUAUACCGGAAGAACGUAUACAAUUUCUUGAUAGUGAAACAUAUGAUAAACAGACACCAAUAUUUCAUCGUGAAGAACCAUAUGGUUUAAGUACAUCACGUGUACAAAUAACUGAAACAUUAGCAAUGGUACAAAUAACUCAACCAUUAGUUGAUACACGUGUUGAACAAGGUAAACCAUUACGACUUGUUGUUGAAACAUCUCAACCAUCAAGUGAAGCUACUUGGUUUAAAACUGAUAUUUAUUCAACAGCACCUAAUCAAGCUAAAAAAUUAGAUGAAAAUGGCAAAUAUCAUAUGAUAACACAAGGUACAAGACAUAUUCUUAUUGUUCCAAAUGCUACAAGUGAUGACAAUGGUGAAUAUAUAUGUCGAAUACAAAAUGCUAUGACACGUGCACAAGUACAAGUAACUAAUGAAGAUUUACAAUUUAUUCGACGUUUACCACCAUCAAUUGAUGUUAUUGGUGGACGUGAUAUUAUUAUUGAAUGUGAAAUGAAUAAAAUGGAUACACAAGCUAUAUGGAAAAAAGAUAAUGAAUUGAUUCGAGCUCCUCAAAAAUUUAUUCCAGUAUCAGAAAAUAAAAAACAUAAAUUAAUUAUUAAAGAUGCAAGUAGUGAAGAUUCUGGUCUUUAUACAGUUAUUGUUAAUGAUCUUGAAUCAACAACAUAUGUUAAUGUAACACCUGAACCAUUACUUAUAUUAAAACCACUUCAAGAUCAACGUGUACAUUCAGGUGAUACAGUUACAUUUACAUGUGUUUGUUCCAAAGCUCCUAAAACUGUACAAUGGUAUUUAAAUGGUUAUCCAUUACCAAUAAAUGAACGUUAUCAAACAAAAUUAAUUGAUCGUGAAAUACAAUUAACAAUAAAUAAUGUACAAGAAUCUGAUAUUGGAACAAUAACAUGUUGUUUAAAUAAUACAAUAACAACAGCAAAUUUAACAUUAGAUGAUAAAGAUAAAACAUUAAAAUUUAUUAAAUUAUUAGAAGAUGAUGAUACAGGACAUAUUCAAGUUGAUUCACCAUUUAUGCUUGAAUGUCGAACAAAUCGACCAACAUAUCAAAUUCGAUGGUUUAAAGAUAAUAGAGAAAUUAGUCAAUAUGAUCAAGUUAUGAGAACAAUUUCCGAUGGAUGUACACAUGUACUUCAAAUUUCUCGUGCUCAACCUGACCAUACUGGUCGAUAUCGUUGUGUUGUUACUGAUUCACUUGAAACUUCUUGUCAUAUAACAGUUCGUGAACCUGAAUAUCGUUUUACUCAAUCAUUACCUUCAAAUAUUCAAUUUUCACCUCAAACUGAUCGAUCAUUAACACUUGAUGGUACACUUAAUCGAAAACCAACACAAAUUCAAUGGUUUAAAAAUAGUAUUGAAAUAUUUCCAUCACGAAAACAUGAAAUAGUUAAUGAACAUCAUGUUGUUGCCUUAAUUAUUCAUGAUUUAUCACCAGAUGAUCAAGGUUUAUAUCGUUGUGUUAUUGCUAAUGGACAAGCUGUAAAUGAAUGUCAAGUAUCAAUGAAUUUAAUGACAGAAAGUGAUCGUCGUUUAAUAAAACCAUUACAAGAUCAAAAUAUAUAUGUACAUGAUACAUGUACAUUACAUGUACAAUUUCAAGGUGAUGCACCUGAUGUUAAAUGGUAUAAAAAUGGUCAAGAAAUUUAUCCAAAUCAAAAAUAUCGUUUAGUACGACAUGGAAAUGAACAAACAUUAAUUAUAGAUGAUUGUCAAUUAACACAGGAUCAAGCUUAUUAUAGUUUACGUUUAGCUACAAAUCCAAAAGUUGAUUUAACAUCAUGUUAUGUUCAAGUUAAAGAUAAAUAUGUUACUAUAACAAAACAUCUUGAACCACAAAGAUGUAUUUUAGGACAAAAACAACAAGUUCAAUUUGAUUGUGAAACAACACCAACAGAUAAAAAACCGGUUUGGCUUUUUAAUAAUCAACCAAUUGAUAAUUCAUCAAAAUAUGAAUUAGUAUCAACAGAUAAUACACAUCAUUUAUUAUUUAUUCAUCAACCUGAAUUAUCUGAUCAAGGACAAUAUACAAUAUCAUUUCCUGAAAGUAAUCAAUCAUCAACAGCUAAUUUACAAGUUUUACAAACCCCAUCAACAUUAGAAUUUAUUCAACCACUUGAUGAAGUAUUUUUAUGUGAAGAAGGUGAUAAUUUUGUACUUGUUACACGUACAAAUAAACCAACACAAGUUAGUUGGAUGAAAAAUGGUUAUAAAUUAUCAACGAAAACAAAAUUAGAUUCAUUACCAACGAAUGAACAUCGUUUAACAAUUGACAAAGCACAAAAAAUUGAUCAUGAAGGUAUUUAUACAUGUAUUAUUGAUGCAAAUAAUAUUGCAACACAAUGUCAUGUUAAAAUUCUUGAACGUGAAUUACAAUUAAUUCAACCAUUACCAAAACAAAUACGUUUAAAUGAACAUGAUACAUUAACAUUAAUAUGUGAAACAAAUCGUAAACCAAAAAAAGUUCAAUGGUUUAAAGAUCAAUCAAAUAUACCAUUAGAAACAAAUAAUUCAUUAAUGAUUAUUAAUGCUGAUGAAACAUGUACAUUAAUUAUUAAUAAUGCUAAUAAAUUUGAUUCAGGUACAUAUACAUGUCGUCUUGAAGAUCGUUUAAUAACUGUUUCGGAUGUUAAAAUACAUGAAUCUGCUGUACAAUUUGUUGAUGGUCCACAAUCAUAUCUCGUUUGGAGACGACGAGAAGAUGGACCUGUUGUUAAUAUAAGUUGUACAUUAAAUAAACCAAAUGUACCAGUUAAAUGGUUUCGUGAAAAUCAAGAAAUUCGACCAGAAUUAAAUAAUAAAUAUGAAGUUAUAUCUGAAGGUACUAUUCAAUGUUUAUUAAUACAUGAUGCACAAAAAGAAGAUUCAACUAAAUAUGUUAUUUCAUUGGGAACUACAUAUCGUGCAUGUCAUCUUGAUGUUGUUGAUGAUACGGGAUUGUCAACCGAUGAUGAAAGUUUUGAUCGUGUUGUACAACCUUUAUUUCCUCUUCAACGACAAGAAGUUAUGGAAGGUGAUUCUCUAACAAUUGAAGUAUCACCUGACAGUGAUCUUCGACUAACAUCACCAAAUCAAUUUCGUUUAUUAAAAAAUAAUCAACCUGUAGUUGAUGAUUCUCAUAUACAAUUAGAACGUGAUACUUCAUCAAUUGAUUCGAAUCGAUGGGUUAUUCGUUUAGUUGAUGUUGAUCUAAAAGACUCAGGUGUUUAUUCAAUUGAAAUAAAUAAUCAAAUUCGACAAGAUUUACUUGAUUUAUCUGUUAAAAAACGUCCAAUACAACGACAAUUUAUAACAUUACCAAAAGAUGAAUUUUAUUUACAUGAAACAAUAACACUUGAAUGUAAAUUUGAACGACCAAUAAAAACAAAAAAUCUUUUACCAACGUGGUUUAAAAAUGGUCGUCCAAUACAACCGUCUAAUCAUUAUUUAAUUAAUGUUGAAAGUUCAAUAAAAGAUGGUCCAACAAAAUAUUCAAUAACAAUUAAAAAUGUUGAUUUUAGUGAUGAAGGUAUCUAUGAAUUACGUAGUGAUUAUCUUAUUGUUGAAACUCCAUUUGUUCGUAUUAUUGAAAGACCUACUCAACCAGCACCAUUACGUACAGUAACUGAAGGUGAUAGUCUUCAAAUCGAUGUUAAUAUUGAUCAAAAGGAUUAUCAACAAAUUUCACCAGAUGAUUUACUUAAUCAAAUAACAGUAUUAAAAGAUAAUCGUCCAAUAAUAAAUAAACCUGAAAUAAAUAAAUGGUUUGAUGGUAAAGAAUUUAACUUAGAAUUAAAAAAUUUAUCAUUAAAUGAUCGUGGUUUAUAUGAAAUUGAUAUUCAAGGACAACGUACAUCAAUAUGUUUACUUGAUGUUAAAGAACGACAACCAGAUGUAUUUUUACUUGAUUUAGAUCGAAAUACAUUUGAAGAAGGUGAAACAAUACGUUUAGCAUGUACAUUUCCACAACGACCAGGUCCAAUUGCAAAUUGGUUUAAAGAUGGACAUUUAAUACAUCCAAAUGAAAAUAUACAAUUAAUUGAUGAAAAUAAUACAUUAACUAUUGUUAUACGUAAUGCUAAACGUACAGAUUCAGGUGUUUAUGAAGUUCGUAUUGGUCCAGUUAUAGCACGAGCACCUAUGAUUUAUGUUAUACCUAAACGAGAACAACCGGAUAUACCUGUACAAAAUGUUCGAGAAGGUGAUACAGUUACAUUAUCAGUUGAAGGUUUACAAACAAAUGUUAGACCACAAGAUAUUCAAUUAUUAAAAAAUGGGAAACCAAUAGUACCUUCACAAAAACCAAAGACAUCGAUUAAACGAGAAGAUGAUAAACUUCGUAUUAUAUUACAAACAUUAGGACUUGAUGAUUCAGCAUUAUAUAGUGUACAAAUUCAAAAUGAUAUUCAUCCAUUAGCACAAAUUGUUGUUGAACCACGUCAACCUGAAAUUCAACAAAUGCAACUUGAACAAGAUACAUUUUAUAUUGGUGAUACAGUUACACUUGAUUUAGAAUUUACAAAUGAACCAACAGAACAACCACGUUGGACAAAAGAUAAUAUUCUACUUCGAAAUAAUGAACGAGUAUCAAUUGAAACUAUUGGAAAUCGAGUUACUUUAAUUGUACGAGAUUUACGAUUAGAUGAUGCUGGUGUUUACGAAGUUCAAAGUGGUCCAUUAAUUGUUCGUACACCAUUUAUAAAUGUCGUCGAACGUCCACAUGAUGUAACUGAAAUUGUUGAUGAAACAAUAACAUAUACAAUUACACCAAAUCGUCCAUUACCACCUGUUGAAACAAAAGUUUGUACAAUAAAAGAAGGUGAUGAUGUUACACUUAAAAUAAGUUCUCCAACACCAAUAACAAUAAAUGAUGUUCAUUUAUAUAAAAAUGGUCAACCAAUUCCAAUUGAUAAUGAAACACGAAAACAUAUUCGUCUUGAACAAUUUGGAAAUAAAGAUGUUCGUUUAACAAUAACAAAUGCACGUUUAAUUGAUGCUGGUGAUUAUAGUGCAGUAAUUAAUGAUAAUAUGCAAUCAAUAAUAAAACUUGAUGUUCAACCACGUGAAUUACAAAUACAAAUGAUUAAUUUACCACAAGAUACAUUUAAAGAAAAUGAAACAUUAAAAAUUGAUUGUCGAUUUCCACAAUCAAAUAUAAAUACAGAUUAUAAAUGGUAUAAAGAUAAUCAACCAAUAAUUCCAAAUGAUCGUAUUGUAAUGAAAAAAGAUACAAAUAGUGAUUCAUUAACUAUUCUUAAUUUACAAAUAAGUGAUGCUGGUGUUUAUGAACUUCGAAAUCCAAAUAAUAUUUUACGUACACCACCAAUUAAAGUAAUUUCUACUGAGAAAAAAAUUAAUAUCGAAGAAUUACGACCACAAGUUAGUUCAAAACUUGUUCAUGAAGGUGAUACUGUUACUUUUGAAUUAACACCAAAUUUUGAUGUACCAUUAAAUAAAAUAGAAUUAUUUCAUGAAGAAAGUCCUAUAACACAUGAACCACAUGUUCAUAUGAAAAAAGAUUAUAAAACAAAUUCUAUAACUGUACAAAUUGAAGAUAUUAAAAUACCUGAUCAUGGUUUAUAUACAGCUAUUGUACAAGGUCAAUCUGUACCAUUAGCUGAAUUAAUUGUUGAACCACGACCAACAAUAAUACAAAAUAUGGAUUUACCUAAAGAAGUUUUUUAUACCGGUGAACGUCUUGAACUUGAAUGUGAAUUUCCACAAGUACCAAAGGGUGAUCAACCAAAAUGGUUUAAAAAUAAUCAACUAUUACAACCAACACCAAAUAUACAUUUAUUAACAGAAAAUAAUGGACGAAAACAUUCAUUAAUUAUUGAUCAUUUAAAACCAGAAGAUACAGGACAAUAUGAAUUAAGAGUUAAAGGCUUAAUUGUUCGUACACCAUUAAUACGUGUUAUUCAACGUGAACAACCACAAAUUGAUCAACAACCAAGUCCAUAUAUUGUUACUGAAGUUGAAGAUGAUCAAGAUAAAUAUAAACUUAAACCUGAACAACCACAAAGACGAAUAAGUCAAGUUGUUAUUGAAGAUAUUACCAGUCAACAAAAUAUUCCAUCUUCACCAAUAUCUCGUGAAAAUAUACAACGAGUUCAAGAAGGUGAUUCAAUACAAUUAAAAGUUGUUAGUACACUUGAUGUAAAACCAAAUCAAAUUCGUUUAAUACAUGAUGGUGUACCAAUUGAUACGAAAAAACGUUCAUCAAUUAUUGUUCAUCGUGUAUCACCUGGUAAUUAUACUGUAUCAUUACUUAAUCUACGUGUAUCAGAUUCUGGUAAAUAUGAAUAUCAAGUAGAAGGUGCUCCAACACCUAAACAUUUAGUUACACUUUAUGUUGAACCACGAGCAAUAAAAGAAAAAACUCUUGAUAUACCACAAACAACAUUUAAUGUUGGUGAAUCAAUUUUAUUUAAAGUUGAUUUUGAUGAAAAAGAUCAAAUAACUGAAAUACCUAAAUGGUAUAAAAAUGAAAUGUUUAUACCAAUUGAUACAAGUCCAAGACAUAAAUUAACUAUUGAUCGUAUUACUCGUACACAUACAUUUGAAAUAUAUAAUUUACAAGUAGAAGAUAGUGGAGUUUAUGAGAUGCGUACACCUAAUUUAACAGUUAAAACACCUGAAAUUAAAGUUAUACCUAAACCAGGACCAAAACCAACUGAAGAAGAAAUUCGUCCAGCACAAGAAGUUAUUCGAAAAUCAUCUGUUACAAUUGAUAUGAAAAAACCUAAAGAACAAUUAGUUGAAACACAACCAGUCGAAGAAUUUCAACCUGUUGAUGAAAAUAUACCUGUUCAUGAAGUAACUGAAGGUGAUAUGAUGCAUUUAACUGUUGAAAAACCUUCAAAUGUUCAUUUAUCUGAUAUCAAAUUAUUUAAAAAUAAUCAACCAUUAAUACCAUCAAAGAAUAUUCAUACUGAAACAACAUCACCAACAACAAUUGAUAUUAAAUUUUCACCUGUUGAAUUAAUUGAUAAUGGUUUUUAUUCAAUUAAAAUACGUGAUCAAAUUCAACCAAUUAUGCAAUUAAAUGUACGUCAAAAACCAAUACAAAGACAAAUUAUGAAUUUACCACAAGAUACAUUUAUUGAAAAUGAAACAUUAACUAUUGAAUGUAAAUUUGAUUCAAAACCAAAUACAGAAUUUAUUUGGACAAAAGAUGGUUCAAUUUUAUAUAAUGAUUCAAGAAUAAUUAUUAAACAAAAAAAUGAAACAUUUACAUUAAUUAUUAAAGAUUUAAAAUUAUCUGAUCAAGGUGUUUAUUCACUUGAAAGUAAAUAUUUAAUAUUGGAUACACCAUUUAUUCAUAUCUUACCUAAACAACAACCACAACAACAACCAACUGUUCAAAUUCAACGUGAUGAAACAACAGUAACUAUGCAGCCAAGUGUAACGGUUGCUGAUAAAGUUGAAGAAAUAAAAAUAAAAGAACAACCAUUAGAACAAGUACCAGCACCUACCGCUGUAAUUGAAUCAAAAGCGAAGAAACCAGAUGAAACAAUAACGACAACAACAACAAUUGAACAACAAGAACAAGAACCAUCAGUUAUAGUUAGUGCACCAGUUGUUAAACCUGAACCAACGAAAGAAGAAAUUAUUGUUCAAACUCAACAACCAGUUCCAGUUGAACAAGUUGUGGAAGUUAAAACAACAACUGUUGAAGAAACUCAACCACAACCAAAAUUAACUGUAACUGAACAACAAGAACAAAUCAUUGAGCAGCCAAUUGUUACUCCUGUCGAACGACCAAAACCUUCUGUUGAAACUCAACCAGAACAACCUGUUACAACAACGACUCAAGUCGAAGAACAACCUUUACCACAAGUUACAACCGAUAUAUCAUCGACUAAACCAAAAACAGAGGAACAACCAAUUUCGACAACUAAAACGAUCACUAUACCUACUACUGAUAUCACGACUUCACAGGAACAAAUAAGUCCUGUCGUGACUACUGAACAAGAAACGAUACCAACUGAAAAACAGAUUGAAACUACCGUCUCAAUCGAACAAAAACAACCAGAAAUACCUAUUGAUACUGUGCGCAAAUUGGAAGAACAACAAGAAAUAAUAACUACAACUGAACAGAUUAUCGAGACACCAUUAGAUAAGAAGCCUGAACUUGAAAAACCAACAGUUGAACAAACAAUAAUCAAAGAGGAGGAAACAAAAAUAAUAACAGACACUACUCCUCGCAUAGAAGAGCUUACUGAAGAACACAAACUUAUCAUAGAACAACCAAAAGUUUCCGAAGAAACUGUAACAGUUAUUGAAGAAAUACGACAAAAGGAAGAGGCACCUGCCGUAGAACAACCAAAACAAGAAAUUCCAAAACUAUCAGAGACACUCCCUGAAGUGUCAACUACGACAGUUCAAAAAAAAAUAAAAACUGUUGAAGAACAGCAGUUACCUUCAAUUGAACAACCAACUGUUGAACAAACUAUCAUCACCGAUGAAGUAACCACAACCGAAACUAUUCCGAUAGUUAAAGAAACCCCUACUACUAUAGAAGAAGUCAUUCAAAAAGAUGUUUCUCCUGUCAUAGAGGAGAUACAAAAACCUACUGAAAAAAGACCAAUUAUUGAAGAAGUCAUUGAAGAAAACCCGAAGCCGGCGACUACAGUAACCGAAGAAGUGACUACCAUUGAGGAGAUCAUUCAAGAAACAAAAGUACCAGUCGAAGAACAACCGGAACAGCCCAUUCAACCUACUUCCACAACAGAGGAAGUAAUUGAAGAAGCUCUAAAAGUGCCAACUACAAUUGUCGAAGAGAAAUCAGAAACAAAACCUACUGAACAGAUAACAACAAUUGUUAAAGAGGAAACAAUAACAGAAAAAGAAAAGCCAAUAACAGAUGAACGAAUUGAAGAAAAACCUACUGUUCAAGAAAUUGUCACAACAGAAGAAGUAACCAUAACUGAAACUAUUCCGACGAUUAAAGAAACUCCUACUACUACAGAAGAAGUCGCUACUACUAAAGAGUUUAUCGAAGAAAAACCGAAAACGCCUACAACAAAUAUUGAAGAAACGAUCAUCACUGAAGAAGUUAUUCAAGAAGAGAAAGUACCAGUUAAAGAACAACCGAAAUAUCCAACUGAAACGGCUUCUACUACAGAGGAAGUUAUUGAGGAAACUUCGGAAGUGCCAAUUACAGUAGUCGAAGAGAAAUCAGAAACAAAACCUACUGAACAGAUAACAACAGUCGUUGAAGAAGAAACAAUAAAAGAAAAAGAAAAACCAAUAACAGAUGAACGAAUUGAAGAGAAGCUUAGAGUUGAAAAAAUUAUUUCUGACAUACCAACUAAAACUGUUGAAGAACAGUUAAUUUCACCCGAAAAACCAGCUAUUGAAGAAACUAUUACAACAGAAGAAGUAACCAUAACUGAAACUAUUCCGACGAUUAAAGAAACUCCUACUACUACAGAAGAAGUCAUUCAAAAGGAUAUUUCUCCUAUCAUCGAGAAGACAGAAAAACCUACUGAAAAAAUACCAAUUGUUGAAGAAGUUACUACUACUGAAAAAGUCAUUGAAGAAAAACCGAAGCCAACAACUACAGUAGUUGAAGAAGUGACUACCACUGAGGAAGUCAUUCAAGCAAUGAAAGUACCAAUCGAAGAGCAACCGAAAUAUUCAACUGAAACAAUUCCCACAACAGAGAAAGUAAUUGAAGAAGCUCCGAAAGUACCAAUUGCAAUUGUCGAAGAGAAACCAAAAACAAAGUCUACUGAACAAAUAAAAACAAUUGUUGAGGAAGAAGCAAUAAAAGAAAAACCAUUAAUAGAUCAACCAACCGAAGAAAAGUCUACAAUUGAAAAAAUCGUUUUUGACGUACCAGCUACGACUGUUGUUGAAACUAUUACUAAAGAAGAAGUAACUACAACUGAAACUAUUCCAACAGUUAAAGAAAGUCUUACUACUACAGAAGAUAUUGAAGAAGGACCAAUCGUUGAAGAGGCUAUCACUAUUGAAGAAUUUGUCAAAGAAAAACCAAAAACUCAAACAGCAACUAUUGAAGAAACGAUCAUCACUGAAGAAGUUAUUCAAGAAAAAAAAGUACCCGUUGAAGAACAACCAAAAUAUUCCAUUGAAACAAUUUCCACUACAGAGGAAGUAAUUGAAGAAGCACCGAAAGUGCCAACUACGGUUGUCGAAGAGAAACCUGAAAUGAAACCUAUCGAGGAAGUGACUACUACUUUUCAAGAAGAGACAGUCGUAGAAGAAGAGAAACCAACACAAACACAACCAAUUGAAGAAGUGACAAAAGCUGAAGAGAGCAUCCCAAAAGCACAGACGACGACAAUUGAAGAAGAAAUCAAAACUAUUGAAGAACCGUUCGUUUCCAUUGAAAAACCAGUUGUCGAGCAACCGGUCACAGAAGAAGAAGAAAUACCAAUAACAGAAACUAUUUCAACAGUUACUGAGACUGUUAUUAUCACAGAAACGCCAUCAAAAGAAACAGUACCUGAUCAAGAGCAAUCAAAACUAACUACUGAGGUUAUAGAAGAAUAUAAAACUCCUAUCACUGAACAACCAACAAUAACAGCAAUUACUGAAGAAACUACUACUAUUACAGAACAAGUAAUACCGGAAGAUACAGUUCCAUCCGUAGUAGAAACACCGAAAACUAUUGAAAAAAUUCCAACUGCGGAAGAAAAACCAACAGAACUAAUUUCCACCGUCGAGGAAGUUACACAAGAAAAACCUUCGGUAGAUGAACAAAUAAAACCCAUAAUCGAAAUAGUCUCAACUAUUGAAGACAUAAUUCCUACAGAAAAGAUUGAAGAGCAACCGGUGCCGAAAGAAGAAACUCCAAAAGCACCUACUACAGUUACUGAAGAACUUGUUGAAAAGAAAAUUGAAUUAAAACCUAUUGAGGAAAUAACUACUAUCACUGAAGAAAAGUUAACAAGUGAACAAGAAAAACCAACGAUAACUCAACAAGUUGAAAAAACGUCUGAAGUUGAAGUUCCGACCACAACUGUAUCAGAACAAAUCACAACAACUAAGGAAGAAUUGACUACUCUCGAAAAGCCUACUGUAGAAGAUGUUGUUCAAAAAGACAUAGUACCUUCAGCAGAAGAAGUAGUUAAAAUCCCUGAAGUGCCAGCUCCAGUUGCCGAAGAUGUAGCUGCAGAAAAAUCUGCAAUGAAACCAGACAUAAUUCAAACAGUAGAAGAAUCCAAAACAGAACAAAUCCUUUCUGAAACAUCGAUAAAACCAUCUGAAGUUCCGCAUGAAACUAAAGAGACUAUAACUACUACGGAACAAGUGUACGAAGAAAAGAAAGUACAUUUUCAGGAACAACCCAAAGAGACUAUCGAAACAAUAGAAGACAAGACCAUAACAGCUACUGAACAGCCAAAAUCAACAACAUCCAUUAUUGAGGAUGAAACUACUACUCAAACACUUGCACCGGAAGAGACAGUUUCGGAACAAGAGCAAAUAAUAACUCCGCUAGUUCAAGAUACGAUUGUCGAACAACAACCAGUAGUGACAGAAACAGUGACUACCGAAGAAAUUUUUCCUACUUCUGUACAAGUUAAACAAGAAGAGACAAUAUCAACAGUAGUAGAUACAACAAAACCUACUGAAACAGUUAUAGAAGAAAAACCGAUCGCACCAACGCCAAUUAUCGAAGAAGUGCCUACUACCGAGAAGAUCAUUCAAGAAACGAAAGCAUCAGUAGAAGAACAACCGAGAUAUCCAACUGAAACAAUUUCUACUACAGAAGAAGUUCCGAAAGUGCCAACUUCAGAAGUUGAAGAAAAACAAGAAACAAAACCUACUGAAUCAAUACCAACAGUUAUUGAAGAAGAAACAGAAAAACCAUUAAUAUAUCAACCAUCAGAAGAAAAGCCUACAGUUGAUAAACUCGUCUCUGACAUAGUAACUACAACAAUUGCGGAAGGAAUAAAAACUGUUGAAGAACAAAACUUAAUCUUAACUGAAAAACCAACUGUUGAAGAAAUUAUUACAAAAGAGGAGAUAACUACAACUGAAACUAUUCCAACAGAUAAAGAAACUUCUAUUACUACAGAAGAAACUAUUCAAAAGGAUGUGUCUCCUGUAAUAGAUGAAACACAAAAACUUACUGAAAAAGUCAUUGAAGAAAAACCGAAGCCAACGACUGCAGUAAUCGAAGAAGUGACUACCACUGAAGAGACCAUUCAAGAAACAAAAGUACCAGUCGAAGAACAACCGAAAAAGCCCAUUGAAACUACUUCCACUAUAGAGGAAGUGAUUGAAAAAGCUUCAACAGUACCAACUGCAAUUACUGAGGAGAAACCAGAAACAAAACCUACUGAACAGAAAACAACAGUCGUUGAAGAAGAAAAAGAAAAACCGUUAAUAGAUGAGCGAACCGAGGAGAAACCUACAGUUGAAGGAAUUAUCUCUGACAUACCUACUACAACUAUUGAAGAAACGGUGAUCACUAAAGAAGUUAUUCAAGAAGAGAAAGUACCAGUCGAAGAACAACCAAAACAUCCAACUGAUCAAACUUUACUUGUCGAAGAAAGGAUUGAAAAAAAACCUCUUGAAGAGGUAAUUAAAACUGUUCAAGAUGAAGACAUCAUUGAACAACAAAAACCAACGAUAACCAAGACAACUGAAGAGACGUUUGUGACAGAAAUGAUCGUCCCAGUAGUACCCACUAUGGUGCCUGAAGAAGAAAUCAAAACUGUUGAAGAACAGUUAACGUCAAUUGAAAAGCCAACUGUUGAACAAACUAUCACAACAGAAGAAAUAACCACAACCGAAACUAUUCCAACAGUUAAAGAAAUUCAAGAAGAUAUGUCUCCUCGAAUAGACGAGACACCAAAACCGACUGAAAAAAUACCAAUUUCUGAAGAGCAGGCUAAAAUAAAAGAAACGAUCAAAGAGCAACAAGCAGCAACCAUGACUAUUGAAGAAGUGAUUGAAAAACAACCUGAGUUCAAACCUACCAAAGAGGAAACGACAACCUAUCAACAAGAAACGAUUAUUACAGAAGAGAAACCAGUGGCAGAUCAGUCUAUUGAAAACAUCAUUGUUGAAACACCUACUGUAACUACUGAAGAGAAAACUAUCACACUCGAAAAAGAACUGGUUUCCGAUCAAAAACCUAGUUUUGAACAAAUUGUUACAGAAGAAGAAAAAUCGAUUGUAACUACCGAACUAACGCAACCUGCAGAACUGCCAGUACAAAGAAUCGAAGAAAAUACCAAUCUAACGAUAACUGUUGAAACACCUAUCAGUAAAAACCUUGUACUAUUAAAAGAUGGUGUACCUUUGCCUGUUUCUGAACAUGUAAUAAUCACACCAAUUUCACCAACAACAACCACAAUAGAAAUUCUCAAAGCUAAGCCCGAAGAUGAAGGCGAAUAUACUAUAAUUGUCAAUGAACAAGAGCAACCAUUGGUGAAACUUGAAGUCACUCCAAAACCAGUCACCCGACAAGAAAUGCAAAUACCAAAAACACAAUUUAAUGAAAAAGAAACCCUUACUAUUGUUUGUCAAUUUGAUGCCACACCUGAAGAACCAUUUGUCUUUCUUCAUAAUGAUCAACGCAUUGUACCAGAUUUUCGUGUAACUACUACAGUAGAAAAUAAUAAAUAUACAAUAGUCGUAAAAGAUCUUCGACCAGAAGAAGAUGAAGGUGUUUAUACACUUAAAUCUGAUCAUUUGAUUCUUGAUACACCAUCAAUCACUGUUCUUCCUAAAGAAAAGAAACCACAGACUGAAAUUACAACAGUCGAAGAGGAACAAGUAAUUGUUACAACUGUACCAGAAGAACAGCAAAAACCAAAACUACAAGAGGAACAGGUAAGUUUAGUUUUCGCGAAU